AGAAAAUCCAGAAAGAACCUUUGACUUGGUAUUGAAAGUGAAAUGUCAUGUCUCUGAAAAGGAAGAUCCUGUGGUAUUGUGGAAAUUCCCCGAGGACUUUGGAGACCAGGAAGUACUACAGAGCGUGCCAAAGUUCUGUUUCCCCUUUGACGUUGAAAGGGUGUCUCAAAAUCAAGUUGGACAGCACUUUACCUUUGUACUGACUGACAUUGAAAGUAAACAGAGAUUUGGAUUCUGCAGACUCACAUCAGGAGGCAAAAUUUGUUUAUGCAUCCUUAGUUACCUGCCAUGGUUUGAAGUGUACUACAAGCUUCUCAAUACUUUGGCAGAUUACUUGGCUAAGGAAUUGGAAAAUGAUUUGAAUGAAACUCUCAAAUCACUCUAUAACCACCCAGUACCAAAAGCAAACACUUCUGUCAAUCUGAGUAUGAAUCAAGAGAUAUUUAUUGCCAGUGAGCAAAUUCUGAAAGAUCAGCUCUCACUAAUACCGCAUUCCUACUUCAUUGCCCCUGAUAUGACUGGACUCCCAACAAUACCUGAGAGUAGAAAUCUCACAGAAUAUUUUGUUGCCGUGGAUGUGAACAAUAUGCUGCAACUGUACGCCAGUAUGCUGCACGAGAGGCGCAUCAUUAUUACCUCUAGCAAAUUAAGCACUUUAACUGCCUGUCUCCAUGGAUCGGCUGCUCUGCUCUACCCCAUGUACUGGCAGCACAUAUACAUCCCAGUGCUUCCUCCGCACCUGCUGGACUAUUGCUGUGCCCCAAUGCCAUACCUGAUUGGAAUACACUCCAGCCUCUUAGAGAGAGUGAAGAAUAAGUCGCUGGAAGAUGUGGUUAUGUUAAAUGUUGAUACAAACACUUUAGAAUCACCGUUCAAUGACUUGAGCAGCCUACCAAUUGACGUGGUCUCGGCCUUGAAAAAUAAACUGAGGAAGCAGUCUACAGCUACGGGUGAUGGAGUGGCUAGGGCCUUUCUUAGGGCACAAGCUGCUUUGUUUGGAUCCUACAGAGAUGCCCUGAGAUACAAACCUGGUGAACCCAUUUCUUUUUGUGAGGAGAGUUUUGUAAAGCACCGCUCAAGUGUGAUGAAACAGUUCUUGCAAUCAGCAGUUAACCUUCAACUUUUUAAGCAGUUUAUUGAUGGUCGACUAGCAAAACUAAAUGCUGGAAGGGGUUUUUCUGAUAUAUUUGAAGAAGAGAUCACAUCAGGUGGCUUUUGUGGAGGGAAUCCAAGGUCAUAUCAACAGUGGAUGCAUACAGUUAAGAAAGGAGGUGCACUAUUCAACACAGCAGUGACCAAAGCAACUCCUGCUGUUCGGACAGCAUAUAAAUUUGCAAAAAAUCAUGCAAAGCUGGGAUUAAAGGAGGUGAAGAGUAAGCUAAAACACAAGGAAAGUGAAGAUUACGGGGCCUGUUCUGGUGCGGUACAGUGUGCACCAGCUUACACAUCACACAGUGAAAAGCGUAAACUUUCCCGGGCCCGCUCAAAAAAGUCUCUCCAGAGCCUGGAUGGUGCCCUGGAUGACGAUGAUGACGACAUUGAAAGAGCAAGCAAGUUAUCUUCUGAAGAUGGCGAAGAAGCUUCUGCUUAUUUUUAUGAAAGUGAUGAUUCUGUUGAGACAAGAAUGAAGACUCCUUAUUCAGGCGAAAUGGACUUAUUAGGAGAGAUCCUCGAUACACUGAGCACACACAGCUCAGAUCAAGGAAAACUGGCAGCUGCGAAGAGCUUGGAUUUCUUUAGAUCAAUGGAUGACAUUGACUACAAACCUACGAAUAAAUCCAAUGCUCCUAGUGAGAAUAACCUGGCCCUCUUCUCUGGUGGCUCUGGGGAUCAAGCAGAGUGGAAUCUUGGGCAGGAUGAUAGUGCCCUCCAUGGCAAACACCUCCCUCCGUCUCCCAAGAAGCAGGUUUCCUCUAGUGCUUUGACAGAGUCUCUGUUUAUCUUGAAAGAGGAAAACAGUGAUAAACACCUCAGUGCUGACAAUGUAUGUGGCCCUAAUGUGGUGGAAAACCCAGCUUCUGCUUCAGGGUUGGAUUUCCAGCGAGCUCCCCCUAAAGUUUCCCACACUGAUAAAGGAGAAACAGAAAAGAAGGAAACACUAAGCCAGAUUUCAGAUGAUCUGUUUACGCCCAGCCUUGGGAGAUACCCAUCUACUUCUGUUCCUUGGGAGAAAGAAGGGAAAGAAGUCAGUGAGAAUUCAGCAGAUCUUGGACUGCUCCAUGAAGUAGUGUCAUUGUAUCACGUGUCAUCUGACUCCAGGCAAGACUCAAGCAUUUCAAAAGGCAGUGUAAGUGGAAACUGAGCUCAAGUCUCCCGUGAAGGAUCUAUCACUUGCGUCUAAACUUCCAGGAAGCAUUUGGAGACUCCCUGUAAUCUGUAUAGUGAAUAGAACUAUUUGUAAGGAUGGAAACUCUUUUCUGCUAUUUAUUUUGGAGGAAACAUUUCCCUCUCUAGUGCAUCUCAUGAAUAUGUUAUCCAUUGAUUUUUAAAUGUAAAGUGAAGUCUACUGUGCUAUGAAAUCAGGUACUAGUUUGUAUGCAUGUUCAAAGGAUAUGUUGUUGAACAUAUAAUUUCCCAGUAAUUGGUGCUUAAUGCCAUUCAUUUUGUGUAAAGUAAAUAAGCAUAUAUAAUCCUACACGUAACCAGUAGCUACUGUGUUAAUCUGGUUGAGCAUGAACUGAUCGAGAUAUCACAGUUUAUCAAAACUAGCCUGAAACUGAUAAAACUCUUAAUCCACUAAUUGCCUUAAUCUUACAGCUCUAUCAACCAUACUUAAAUAACUUUUAAAAUUACGUAUAGAGUUGGAAAGAGAAGUUAUUUUGUUUUGCAGAGCAAUAAUGCCUUUUUCUACUCAUCAAAUUAAGAUCCAAUUUAAUUUUUUUCAAGGUCUGUAGCUCUCUUGUGGAAAUAUUUGCUUUUAUAAGGAUACUGUAGCCAUGUUUCUCACAGUGUAAAAAGGUAUAAAUGUACCUUUCACUCAGUGACAUAUAUGAAGUGCUUAGUUGUAGUGGGAACUUAAUGACUUGUGUUUACAAAGGAGACACUUAAAAAUGUUUGUAGUCUCUCUCUAUGCCUUUGCUAUCUGCAGUCCCCCUCAAGAAAGCCAGAUGUAACACAAGCUGUCCUGGCAAAAAAUGUUCUUUUUUCCUUAAUUAAUAUUUUUCUGUCAAAAAUGCUUCAUGUUUUUACCUCAGUUACAUUUUACAAUAAUUGACUGUAUUUUAGAAGUUUUAGAUUUAUGGAAAAAUUGCAGAAUUAAUAGAGAGCUCCAUACAUCCUUGCACCCAAGUUCUCUGGUAAUAUCUUAAAUUAACAUGGUACAUUUACCACAAUUAAUGAGCCGGUAUGACUUUUUUCCAUGGCUUUAUCCCACCAGUAGUAUCUGUUUUCUGUUCCAGGAUACCACAUUACAUAUAGUUGUCAUGUCGCCUUAGUUUCCUCUUGGUUGUAGCAGUUUAUUAGACUUUACUGACCUUGACAGUUUUGAGGACUAUUGGAAAGAUAAAUCACACUGUGCCCUUCUCUUAGUGUUUGUCUAAUAUAUUGCUUACAAAUUAGAUUUCUCACAAAUGGGCUUUGGGAAGAAGAGUACAGCAGUGAACUGCUGUUUUCAUCACAUGCUAUCAAGGGUGUGUUCUGCCCACUUGUUUAUGAAUGUUAACAUUGACUUUGACGGCCUGGCAGAGGUAAUGGUUGUCAGGUUUCUUUACUGGAAACUUAGCACCACCCCCCUUUUCAUACCGUGGUCUUUGGAAUGGAGUCACUAUGAGCAGCCCACACAUUUCCUCUAACGCAGAGGAGUAUCAAAUCAAUUACUUGGCAUUAUUUAUGGAAGAUGUAUCCCCCUCAAAGUUACUGAUAAGCUUUGGAGUUCAUCUGAGAAGGAAUCAUAUACAGUUUCUUCAUGAUAGGCUAGACUGCCAGGAAUAGUCAGGAAAAAAUCUCAGUGAUGUUAUGGAUAAUUUUUAUUUCUAUGUUCAUUCAAAUAUUCUGUACAUCAUAAUCUUGAUUUUUUUAAAAAAUAUCUCUUUUUUAGGAAAAGCGUUCAAGAAACCAUUCAAGAAUCCCAGUAAGAUUGUACUGUAAAAGUGUUUACUGAUGGAAUAUAAUUUCCUUUAAAAUCUUAGAAGGAGAUUUGUCAAAAAUAUUGCUUACAAUAUUUAUUUAGGUCAUUUUUAAAGAAAAUGACCAAAUAUUUUUAAAUCUACAUUCCAUAAUCUAAAUGAAUAUAUUGUAUUUGGGAUAGUUAUUCACUUACAGGAAGAUAAGUCUAGUUUUAUCCUAGGGUAGAUUCUAUAAUCCUUUUUUAAAACACAAAAGUAAGAUUCAAAUUCUUGUCAAACUUUGCUUUUUUGCUCAUUACAAAUUUGAAUAUACAUCAGUGAAAUACAUAAUAAAAAGGUCCUUGUAUGAGUUUUUUAAGUAACAAAGAGAAAAGGUUACCCUAGUGGUCAAUCUGAUUGACAAAUAUUCCUUCUUAAUUUGUGAAAAAAAUUCAAAAUAACAUUUACUAUCAAUUUUGAAAUGAAGCAAGUUUCUUUUCUCUCUUUUCACAACUCAUAGUCUCAAGAAUGAGAUAAUCAGGAGUGUAGCAUGGACAAGGUUUGGGUUUCAGUCCAUUUACUUAACAAACAUUGUGGCUGUGGAUUUCCUAUCUUCAGCCAUCUCACAAGAUGUUUGGCUAUCACAUUAUGCUGUUUAGAGGAUAUUAAGCCAUUCACAGAUGAUGAAAUUGUCUUAAGGGAUUUUAAAGUGAUUUGUGCCUUAUUUUAAACGUACAAAAUUACCUAUUUUACUCUGUCAAAAACAAAAAAAAAGGAAAAACAAAACUCUACCUGUUAUUCUUAAAAACAGUCCAGAAAAAUAGUAGCAAUUAUUAGUAUUUCAAACCAUGUUACCUUGACUUCCCAGUGUUAUGGUGGAUACUGAGAAUGAAGUGAAAUUAGGGUGAGUUCUUAAAUAAGGAAACAAAAGUGUUGUUUUCUACUGUGCUCAUAUUUUCUAUUAUAACCUAACCAGUCUUUUUCGGUCUCACUGUUGUUUGUUAUUUUUCAAAGGAGCAAUACCUGGUCUAUGACAGAAUUAUAUAAAUUAAGGCUUGCUACAUACAUACUCUUUCAUAUAACCUCUGAAUUAGGUCAUGAUUUUUCUGAAUCCUACCCCAGCUAUUGUCCUUCUGCCCAUAAAUAUUGUUCCUAUGAUAUUUCAAGGGGACACAGAAGUAUUAUGUCCGUCUAGGAGCUGUUAUUUUGUUGAGUGAAAGUGUUGCUAAGUUGUAUAUGUUGAUGUUUACCUACUUUGGCAUACCUUUGAAAGGCACCAAAAUAUAGUAUGAUUAUCAUGCCAAUGGCAAAUGUCUUCAUUUACAAAAUAUUUAUGGACUUUUUGCACAAGUCAUGUGCAAGGUAUGAUAACUGAAGGUGUGGGGAAAUAAAAUAACUGGCAUGAUCCAUGCUCUGAAGAAAUCAAUUAAAAGGAAUUGUAAAUGUUUUGAAAUGAUGAUAGUGGUGUGAUAAUAAUAAUGUACUCUGCUUACAGGUUACUACCCCAAGAUUCUGUCGCCAAAAAAGUUGUUUUGCUGUUUAAUCAAAAGCAUGUUCUAAAUACAAUACCGUUUCUAAUUUCAUUAACUUUCUUAGUUAUUAUGUUAAUUAUAAUAAUGCUGCUAAAACAUUCACUUUUAAAGGACAGAGUUAGAGAUGUUUUCCGAAGCUCAGUGUCCUUGUUUACCUGAUUCUCCUUCAGCUGAGCAGGCACCUGUAGGGAAAGAUGUUCCUUUUCAAAACUUAGGGCCACCCUGCUCAGUUUAGUAAUAACUGGUACAGAAUCCCAUCUUUUCUUGUUUAAGAUCAUGCUAAUAAGGUUCUCCAGAACCAGUCCCUCCCUUUUAAAUUGAAACUGUAUGUGACAAUGCUGUAAUUGGGAUUUUAUCCUAAUAUCUUAGUAGUAGGAUUCAGGAAUGCUAAUGAAUUAGUUGUUUAGUAAUAGUGAAGAAGUAGACUUCUGAUCAAGAAAAGAAAACUGUGAAUAUUCUUAUCCAUUGACCUUCAUUCUCUAUUUGAAUUUUCAGGAGAAGAUUAAUUACUUUCAUGAAUAACUUUUCCAGUAAGAAUUCUAUUUGAUUCUGAAUGAGAAAAUAUUUGUAAAUCAGAAUAUAAACUUAGGAAUGUAAAAUGAAUCCCAAAAUUUAGUUUUCCUCAAAACACUUCUUAGUAUAGGAAAUAGUUUCUAGAAAUCGUACGUCAUUAUUAACACCUUUGCUACAUCAAGCCUAGUGAUAUUGUUAAUGUACGUUUCUUAAAGCUUCUUUAAGAGGCACAAUGGUUCUGAGCAAAUCAAUGAACUUUUGAUUUGGUCAAUAAAUAGGAAAUUAUGUAAAUUUAGACAAAAAAUUUAUUUGAAAAAUAAUAGUAUUUUGUGCAAUAUUUUUUUCUUGCAUAGUUUAGUUCAUGUAGAUAUACACAUCUGCCUUUCAAGCAGAUGCCUUAAGGUCAUGUUUUUCAGUAUUUGUGUAAAACUGUAUGUAGCAAUGUUCUGUGUGAUUUUAGAAAAGAACAGUCUUUAUAUUGUUGGAAGGAAAAAUGUUAUUGUUUAUUUAAAAUAAUUAUGGAUGUUCCAAUACUGUAUUAUAACUAACUGCCUCAGUGACAAUAAAUAUGCAAUAAGAAAAUCCUGUACCUUAGAUUAAUAUUGACUAUACUGUUAUUUUAAAAGAAAUGUUUAUGGUACAAAGUGCUGAUUCUACAUGUGUAUGCUUAAGUACUCUGUUCUGCACCACAGAAAUCGAAAUGGCAUUUGUAUGGUGAUGACCAUGUAUGUUGAGUGUAACAUCUUUUAUGAUGUAUCUUUGCUAAGAUUUAUAAAGGGCAUUGCCAAUACUUUUAACUGUCAGUAAAUUAAUUUUUUGUAUGAUGUACAGUUUGUUUAACCUUAGAGCUUCUAUAGAUUUUUACUUUUAUUAUACUUGAAUGAGGCAAAUGCACUGUGGAAAUUUGUAGCUCUGGAUGCAAUAUGCAAAUAUACCAAAAAAUAUAAUAAAACCAGGUACUGAACAACGUUCACAGAAUGUUUUAUAUCCAGAAUGCUGUUUUUUCAAGUCACACUUAAAUGAAGUAAUUGAAGAUAUGCAAUCUUUGGUCUUCAAAGGUUGUAAAAUCACAAAUGAUUACCUCUUUGAUAUGACAAACUUUUAAGUCUCUUCAUUUCUGCUCAGUCGUUCUCGGAUGAGAGCCUUGGAAAGGUCCGUCGGAGAGCUCAGCCUCUGGUUGACUGUAGAUGUUUAGGACAGAACAGAUUGAGAACUCUGGGCAUGUUCAAUGGACCGCAUGCAUCCUCACUAUCUGUUAGAUGGGCGAGCUUUCAUAGGUUAUUUUGAGAACUACUUAAUAAUAUAGCAAAACUAGAUUUUUAAAAUCUGAUGAUUUUGCUGUGCUUAAAACAGCAACUAAUAUGAACUGCAUGACUCCUACAAUUUGAUGUGCACAAAGCUGUUUUACACGAAAGCCACAUGAUGGGUUCAAAUUGAACCUUUCCAAAGCUUUUUUUUUUUUUUGCUUUAUACGAAAAGCUGUUUUAAAGGACUGAAAAUCUUGAACUUUUUACUCAGCCAAGCAACAGAUACCUGUAAAAACCUACCCAGCAUUGUGACUUUCUGUAUUUUUUUUGCAUCCCUGAUAUUACAGUAUAAAUCACCUCCAAGGUGGACUACUAUUAAGAGGUUGUUAUGUACAAAAGUAUUGCUUUGGGAAUUUUUUAAAUAUGCAAAAUAAAUAUUGGAUGAACUCAGUAUUCCAACCAAUAAAGUACCCAACAAUGCAGUUAUAAAAUAAAAUUGGUCACAAACAAA